CAAAGUCCGGCGCCAAUUCAGUACGCCUUCAGAGACACAGAGCCGUGGAAGACCGCUGAUUCGAACGGUAUUUGUUUUGUUUGUUUUCGUUUGGCAUUUCGGUUUUUGGUUGUUCGGUGUUCGGUGUUGCAAGUGUGACAAGUGCUCGCUAGUUGCGAAUAUUACGUAUACGCCACAGUUGGCAAAUUGAAAAUAAUUGUAACAGCAUUGCUAUGUCGGCUCCAUCGGGCAUCACAUUAUCGAGUCUGGCCGCCGUGGUCAAUGAGGCAAAGGACGAAGAAAUUCAAGUUCCAAAAUCACACGAUUUCUUCGAAUCAAAAACCUUUCGUCUACUCACCUUAAUGCUCUACAUGGGAGGCGUCAGUGGCAUGGGUCUAACCCUGGCCGUUUACUAUUUAUUCAUUUGGGACUCUCGCAUGCCGCCACUUCCCGUGUUCAAGCAUACGCAUCCAAUUGGUUAGACAGCACGUGAGAAAGAGAGAGAGAGAGAAAGAGAGCGAGAAACGAAGAGCGGACCCUAUCAUAUGCCAUCAGUAACGAAACCAAUCGG